AUGUCUCCGCCCAAGAUGCUCUACACUCGCCUCGGGACCUCUGGUCUCAAAAUAUCGAGGAUCAUCCUUGGGUGUAUGUCGUACGGCGACCCGAAGUGGCAGAGCUGGGUGCUCCCCGAAGACGAGGCGAUCAAGCACAUCAAAUUCGCCUACGACCACGGGAUACAGACGUUUGACACUGCCAACUCAUACUCGAACGGUCUUUCUGAGACUAUCCUUGGCAAUGCCAUCAAGACUCUCGGCCUUCCGCGCGACGAACUCGUGAUCAUGACCAAGGUGUCCUCUCCUGUCAUGGCGGAGACCGGGAUAGACUUCUACGCAACGGGUAAAACCGCCGAAAAAUUCGGCAACAUCAACCAGCACGGGCUGAGCCGCAAGCAUAUCUUCGACUCUGUGAAAGCGAGCCUCAAACGCCUACAAGUAGACUACAUCGACGUACUUCAAUGCCAUCGCUUCGAUUACAGCACCCCAAUCGAAGAGACAAUGCAUGCACUGCACGAUGUCGUUAGCUCGGGACUCGUGCGCUACAUCGGGAUGAGCUCGUGCUAUGCUUAUCAGUUUCAUCAAAUGCAGAACUACAACAUCCAGAACGGCUUAACGGCCUUCAUCUCCUUGCAAAACCACUACAGCUUGCUCUAUCGCGAAGAGGAACGCGAGAUGUUCCCGACGCUCAAGAUGUUCGGUGUCGGAGCGACCCCCUGGUCUCCGCUCGCCCGCGGCGCACUGGCCCGUCCUUCCAACGUCGAGUCCACACGGGGAGGUUCUGACCGGUUGCUCGCGUGGUACCAGAGCGCAGCCUCGGAGAGUAUAGUCUCCCAUGUCGAAGAGCUGGCGAAGCGCAAGGGCGUGAGCAUGGCGCAGGUUGCGAUCGCGUGGAUGCUCUCCAAGGAGGGCGUCUCGGCACCGAUCGUGGGCUCGACGAGCCUCGAGAACCUUGAAGACAUCAUCGGGGCUUUGGACGUGAAGCUCGCACCGGAUGAGAUCGAGUAUCUCGAAGAACCAUACGCCCCGCAAAAGGUGGUCGGGCACUGGUAA